AUUCUAGUUAUUAUUCUCAUCAUACUCUUUAGAAGUUUUUUUAUUUGUUCCGACCGUCACUACUAGUAAUAUUAUUUCAAUAGCUAUUUGAUUAGUUGUGUUAAGUUGUACUGUCUAUUCAAUUAUUCUUCUUCUCAAUUUCACUCAGUCUACUCUAAUCUAAGCUUUAGAUAAUAAGCUACAAUGAAUCCUCCCAAAAUCAAACGACGAGUCGGUAAGUAUGAGGUGGGACGGACUAUUGGUGAGGGAACUUUCGCUAAAGUCAAGUUUGCUAGGAAUUCUGAAACUGGGGAACCUGUGGCUCUCAAGAUUCUUGACAAAGAAAAAGUUGUUAAGCAUAAAAUGGCUGAACAGAUAAAAAUGGAAAUAGCGACUAUGAAGUUGAUCAAGCAUCCCAAUGUUGUCCGCCUAUACGAGGUUAUGGGGAGCAAAACCAAGAUAUUUAUCGUACUGGAAUUUGUCACAGGAGGAGAGCUUUUCGAUAAAAUAGUGAACCAUGGAAGAAUGCAUGAAGAUGAAGCCAGAAAAUAUUUUCAACAGCUUAUCAAUGCUGUUGACUAUUGCCAUAGCCGGGGCGUAUAUCAUAGAGAUCUAAAGCCUGAAAAUUUGCUUCUAGAUUCUUCUGGAAACCUCAAAGUUUCGGAUUUUGGACUGAGUGCCCUCUCUCGACAAGUUAGGGCUGAUGGCUUGCUUCACACAACCUGUGGAACUCCAAAUUAUGUCGCUCCUGAGGUCUUAAAUGAUCACGGCUAUGAUGGAGCAACUGCAGAUUUAUGGUCGUGUGGAGUCAUACUCUUUGUACUGCUUGCAGGUUACUUGCCAUUUGAUGAUUCUAAUCUUAUGAACCUAUAUAAAAAAAUCUCAGCUGCAGAGUUCACUUGCCCCCCGUGGGUCUCUUUUACUGCCAUGAAGUUGAUAACUCGUAUAUUAGAUCCCAAUCCUAUGACGCGGAUCACAAUAUCUGAGCUCUUGAAUGACGAGUGGUUUAAAAAAGGUUUUAAACAACCUGAAUUCAUCGAGAAAGAAGAAACAAAUUUUGAUGACGUGGAAGCAGCUUUUCAAAAUUCGGAAGAGUAUCAUGUGACAGAAAGGAAAGAAGAACAUCCAGCAGCCAUGAAUGCUUUUGAACUAAUUUCUAUGUCAAAGGGGCUCAACCUUGGAAAUCUGUUUGAAGGGGAAGAGGGAUUCAAAAGGGAGACAAGAUUCACAUCAAAAUGCCCGGCGAAUGAGAUAGUUAGUAAAAUCGAAGAAGCUGUAAAACCUCUUGGUUUUGAUGUGCACAAGAAAAACUAUAAGUUAAGGCUUCAGAAUAGCAAAGCCGGGCGAAAAGGGAACCUCAAUAUUGCUACUGAGGUAUUUGAAGUAGCACCGUCACUUCACAUGGUUGAAGUGCGGAAAGCAAAAGGAGAUACAUUGGAAUUUCAUAAGUUCUACAAAAGGCUUUCCAGUAGUCUCAAUGAUGUUGUUUGGAAAACAGAAGAGGAUAUGCAAGAAACAAAGUAGAGCUUUUUUUUUUUUUCUGUUGAUUGAUUGAAAGCUUUGUUGUUUGUUUCUAUCAUUGGACACUUUUUACUUGUAGAUAGACACUUUAACCAGUUGUAUGUUUGGUUCAAAAGUGUAGUUAAAAGCAAGUUGUAAAAAUCGCUAUAUAUUUUGAUUCUUUUGGUCA